CUUGCAGUGCGGCACACCAGGAGAUUCUAGCACAAGGUCCUGUUCCACCCAGGGAAGCAGCUGUGGGGCAAACCUUCAGAGCACGGCAGCCUGUCCUUGAGCACCAAUGGUUUUGGGAACCACAAAGGUUUGACAGCUCUCGGGAUCUGACAGUGGUGCGUGGAAGCAGAGAUGUGGGGUUCGGGUCCCGGCGUCUGGGCCUUCUUCCUUGUCCUUUGGAUGGUAGGAAAUACGACAGCCAGCCGGCCUUGCAUCCCCAAGUUCGUUGGCAGCGACGCCAUGGUUUGUGUCUGCAAUGCAACUUACUGUGACACCGUGGACCCCGUCUGCCUCCUGCCCAAGGGCUACUUCCUGAAGUAUGAGACCAGCAAAGCUGGCCACCGUAUGGAGCUCACAGAAGGGACGUUCCAGCUGAACAGCACAUCUCCUGGCUUCCUGGGGCUCGAAUAUUUCUUCAAUGCCUCUGAACGCUACCAGUAUAUCAAAGGCUUUGGUGGAUCCCACACAGACGCCGCGGCGAUUAAUAUUCUGAGUUUGUCUGUGGCUGCCCAAAACCAGCUGUUGAGGUGCUACUUCGCUGACACUGGAAUUGAGUACAACCUUCUGCGCAUGCCCAUUGGUAGCUGCGAUUUCUCCACACGCCCCUAUGUUUAUGAUGACAUCGCAUAUGAUUUUGACCUGAAGUAUUUCAGCCUAGCAGAGGAGGAUAUCAAGUUCAGAAUCCCUGUCCUCCACCGCAUCCUGGCCAUAGCCGAGCGGCCCAUCUCCAUAGUUGCCAGCCCUUGGACUGCACCUGCCUGGCUGAAGAGCAAUGACCAGAUAAAGGGGAAAGGACGGUUGAAAGGGAAAGCAGGAGACCCGUUCCACAAGACCUGGGCCAACUACUUCAUCAGGUUCCUAGACGAAUAUGCCUACUACAACGUCACAUUCUGGGCCGUUACGGCUCAGAACGAGCCGGCAUGCUCCUUGUUUGCCAUGAAAGAUUUCCCCACCAUCAACUACUCACCCGAGGAGCAGCGUGACUUCGUCAUGCUGGAUCUGGGCCCCGCGCUGGCCUCCAGCAACCACAAAGAUGUCCUUCUCAUCAUCCAUGACGACUUGCGGAGCAACCUGCCCAAAUGGGCCAAAGUGGUCCUUGGGAACAGCAGUGCAGCCAAGUACGUGUCUGGCAUUGGAGUCCACUGGUACCUGGAUAAAGUGUUCCCUGCUGAAUGCACCCUGGGGGCCACCCAUCGCCUCUUCCCAGAUUAUUUCCUGCUCUACACAGAGGCUUGUAAUGGCUACGAGACGUGGGCCGCUAAAGUGGACCUGGGCAGCUGGGGCAGAGGCGUUCGCUACAGCAAAAAUAUCAUCGAUACCCUUCAAAAUUUUGUCGUUGGUUGGAUCGACUGGAACCUGGCUCUGGAUAUGAAGGGAGGCCCUAACUGGGUCAAGAAUUUCGUGGACAGCCCCAUCAUUGUGGAUGCCACAAAAGAUGAGUUCUACAAGCAGCCGAUGUUCUACCACCUGGCUCAUUUCAGCAAGUUCAUCCCCGAGGGCUCCGUUCGAGUAGGACUGACCAGCAACAGCUGGUUGGGUUGCAGGCUGCAUACGGUGGGCUUCCUGAGACCGGAUGGGGCUGCCGUGGUGGUCGCGCUGAACAACUGCUUCUAUGACGUGCCGUUCAGCAUCACAGAUGGCCCGGUGGGCGUCCUCGAGGAUGUCGCUCGUUCGUACAGCAUCCAGACCUACCUGUGGAAGCGUGCGUGACCCUGAAAGGUGCUCCAGGUGCUGUGGUAGACGGAAGUCCCCCCUGGGGGAAUCGUGUCCGUGCGGAGAAGGCCGUCGGGAGGGGCGGAGACAGCUCCUUCGCCCCAUCUCUUCCAAGACUUGGGAUGGGUCCCCCUUGCUAUGACCAAGAAGGAGCGUCGCUGCAGACUGGAGACUCUCGUGCCAGAACCACCGGGGUGCAGCCGAAAGGCGCCCCACAGGCACCGGCCAAUGCCCCUUCGUCCCCUGUAACCCGCCUUAAUUUAUCAUACAUUAAAAAUGAAUUG